AUGAAGACCCUCAUCCUCCUCGCUGCCCUUCUCCUGCUGGCCCUCCAGGCCCAGGCUGGGCCCCUGCAAGAGAGAGAUGAGGAGAUCCCACCCCAGGAGGAGCCCGAGGCAGAGGAUGAGGACAUGGCCAUCUCCUUUGCAGGGGACAAGAGCUCAGGUGUCAGAGCUGCAGGCUCAACCAGGGGCUUGACCUGUAGCUGCAGAAGACCAGCCUGUCGUUCUUCAGAGAGCGUCUAUGGGUCCUGCCUCUACCAGGGUGUCCGCUACAAGUUCUGCUGCCGCUGA